AUGCUGAAUAACAAAGCAGGCUCACUCGCGCAGCACUACCAGCAGCAACAUUUUAUGGGAACUCCCGCCGAUUAUCAUCAUCCACACCUCUCACUCGUCAAACCUGAGCACACCAUGGAGCGAUCUGUUUCUCCUCACAUGUCGGAGCACUCUGCGUACUCGACGCCGCAUACCAUGGCGAGAUCUUAUGCAUCUCCAGGUGCCAUGCAAGCCCCGAUGCACAUCCCGAAUGCGAUGCCGACGCAAAUGUCUUUGCCUACGUUUCCAGAUAUGCCCGGAGCCAUGGGCCCAGUCCACAGCAUGACCAUGCACCAGAUGCCCCAGCACAGCCAACCAUCUCCGCAGCCUGCCAAGGCAUUUUUGUGUGGUACUUGCAGCAAGAGCUUUGCUCGCCGAAGCGAUCUUGCCAGACAUGAACGUAUUCACACCGGUCUUAGACCACAUGUGUGCGACUAUCCUGGUUGUGGCAAGCAGUUUAUUCAAAGAUCCGCCCUCACUGUUCACAAGCGAGUCCACACAGGAGAAAAACCACAUCACUGUGAAACAUGCGCCAAGCGUUUCAGUGAUAGCAGCUCUCUAGCCCGACACAGACGAACUCACACUGGCAACCGGCCAUACAAAUGCCCAUAUGCUGAUUGCCAAAAGACGUUCACACGCCGAACAACCUUGACACGACAUCAGAAUCACCACAGUGGCACAAUUGAGGAAGCAGCAGCAGCAACAGCAGCAGCCCUGGCUGCAUCCAAAGCGCAGAAGUCGUCUCGAUCGCGUUCCGACGGGGACCAUUUGUCGAGCCAUGGGUCUCCUUUGACCACUCCUUCCCCGGGCCAGCGGACAAUGUCCAUGUCUCCCAGCAUGGAUAUGGCUGCUGCAGCCGGCGUGAGCCGACAUCCCGGCGAUUUCCAGUAUAUACAACAAAAUGGUUCGCUUCCACCGCAUUUACGGGUAGGAAGUCCAAAUUCGACAUCCUCCACCGGCUACAGCAGUGCUGGAAUGAGGCCGACAUCGCAUCCAACCAGCUACGGACCACCGCCUACAUUGGAGCCAAGUGUUGAACAGCAUCAGACUGGAAGUUCCGGCGGCAGUCCUCACAUGAGCAGUGUUAGCUGGCAGUCACCGUCUCAUGUCCCAUCGCCAUCCCAAGGUGCGGGAAGCUAUGUGUAUCCCGAACCUGACACGUAUCAACAAAACGCGGCGAUGGGCCAGAUGUACUACGGAGCGUCGACCCAAAUGCGUCGACCUCAAAGUACAGAACCUGGGCUAGUACAUAUGGCUUAG